AUGAGUCGACUGGUCGACCCACGCACGUACGAGCUUCUCCUUGAACGGAACAAGCCACGUAGCCUUGAUGUACCCGACUUCCUCCGGGUGCUCGAGAACCGCCCACGUAUAGUCUUCUUCUGUCUCGCAGCUAAGGAAUGCAAACGCGAUGCAAAAGGAGGGCCCAGUCGCAUCAACGCCGAUCAUAUCGAGAAGCGGCAUGCCGUACUUGUUCGUCUUGUACGUGCAGUCAAGGAGGAGGAGGUCGGCGUACGCUCGAAGAUAGCUAUUAAGAGAGUCGGGAUGCGCGAAGAGGACGGCUGUAACCCGGCCAUGCGCGGCCCGUGUCUCCGAGGUGACCGAGAUACCAUUGCUGCGCUUAACCUCUCAACAGCGUCUUGA